AGACCACGCCCUUCCUUGCCUUACCGAUAGAGGGCGAUGUGGCGAACGACGCUCGUAAUCAGCAGUUUUACCUCACUGCCCUUUUUGUAGCAUCUCACCUUCAACCGGCCAGACGCACAUCCACCGCAACAAGAAACAACACGAAAGAACACAUCAGAGGAAAAAGACAUUGUCAAGAAACCAGACAAGGGAUAUCAGGCGGUGAAACUGUCCGGUAUGUUGAUGAUGUAGGGGAUCGUUUGCGUUUUUACAUCCCAAUUAGUCCGCCUCACUGCGACAAGGAUCACCGUCCAGCUGCGCACAAAUAAACUAGUCUUUAUCAGCCUGAAAGGAUACAUCCGUCAUAGCCCUCCAGCCAUCCUUAUUUCCUCUCGACGACGAAGGACGAAGUAACUGCGAUCCCUCGUCGUUUCUUUUUACGGUCAGAGCAGGCCCCGAUUAGCGUCUGGUCCUCAACCUAAGCAGCAUCUUCGCUCUCAGCAUCCUUCCUCAUCAUUGAAUCUGCGCCAUGGCCGAUAUCCCAGCGGAGUGCAACAUAAAAGUGCUGUGUCGCUUUCGCCCUUUGAACCAGUCGGAGAUUGUACGAGGGGACCUGUUUCUCCCAAAAUUCCAAGGAGAUGACACUGUUGUCGUGGGGGUGAGUAAGGAGAAUCGCUUUGUUGUUGUCCUCAUGAAGGCCCAUCGUCAAUAAAUCAUCAGCUCAAGCAGUCUGUUUGGGUUAGGGCUGAAAUAAUAAUAAUUGGCGCAGCACAGAGAACUACCACACCUUUCUCCUAAAACCUGUAUAAGGCGUAAGACGUCGAAAAUAUCUGGGCCUGAUGCUGAAAUGCGCAAACUGGCCUCUUGCACCAGCUGAUUAAGGUCUUUGCUGUGUAGCCUAUGAAUAAAGCACAAUUGUCUGACUUUAUUAUCCCUCAACAAACUUUUGAUGCUUAUUCACCAUUUUUAAUUCAAGUACUUUAUCUCUAAAGGCUUUAAUAAGUGAUUCUUUUCCCAGUACGAGUAGCCUGAUUCAUAACACAGCUACCAACCAUAAAAUAAACAAUUCAAUCAAUCAGUGUAAGUAAGUACUUUAAUGUUCAUGAAUGAAUCUAUGCAUUCUGGUAUUUAAGUUCGCUAGCCUUUUGUUACCCUCUUUUUUAUGCUCUAAUCAUGGAGUGGGAUAAUCACUGGGGAAGUAGGCAGAUAUGUUGGUGCAGAGGUGAGUUCUGGUGAUGAUCUGAGGACUGUAAAGUGGGCAUGUGAGAGCUGAUUACUUAAAGAACCCACAUCUGAUGAUGUCCUAAUUAUUUCAAAAUCAGGCAACUUUAUAUUGACUUGGUUACAAAUUCUGCAAAAAUGCAAAAAAAAAAAAAUUCUCUUUCAAUUCUGGAUUUUCUGGCAUUUAGUUUAGAGGCAUUUUUAUAUUCAUUUUAAAUAUUCACCAAGAAUAAAUUUGGAAUUCGGGUGGGGGGGGGGGGGGGGGGUCCUAUAAAUUUAAUUAUUGAAAAUUGUUUAACGUCAAAUGCAAAUUCCCUGGAUUUCAAGGGGAGCAAUGCACCUUACGUUUUUCUUAAAGAAACAGGCUCUCAUUUUCUAGAACAAUCUGGAAAUAGGUUAACACUCAUGACUUUUGAAACAGCCUAUAAUGGGAGAAAAAGCCAGUAAUCUGCUGGCAGGAUUUUACUGUAAUUUUUUUGUGGGUUUCUUUAGCAAAGAACAUUUAAAAAUUGCUCCAUGUCUCCCAGAUUUUCAUUUAUUUUAAUUUUUAACAAUAACAUGAGGUUUAUAACUGAGAUUAUUGAUUGAAAUAAUUCCCGUCCCUGGAAAUCAUGCACAUCACUACAGCUAAAUUAAACAUCUGAGGCUCACGGAUCUGUUUAAAUAAUUUUUUUUUAAACCAGUGGCUUGUUAAAAGAAUGAAAACAUCUGUGGAUCUCUAGCAACAUACACAUUUUAAUCUCUCAUUUGUCUUGCUGUUUUGCCCUUAUAUUUAGUCAGUUGUCUGUGACCUUAUAUCUUUCCUCAGAGAUUUUAUGAUUUUACGAACAUAAGACUACAUAAAGUGUUUAUUGGAUAGCUGUUGAUAGCUUUGGUACUCGCCAUAGAGAUCAGAAAUAUGUUUAGACUUUAUCUGCCAUUGGAAACAUCUUGACCUGACCUUCCUCUCUCCUGUCAGCAUGACUCUGUACAGCGGACUCAGAAACUGAUCUCUCUAAUUGCCUCCAGAGAGGAUCAAUAAGCAUCCAUUGAGCUCAUGCUCAUCACUGACUGACCUGCUUUCUCUUAACUCCAACAUCAUCUGCUUUUUUUUUUUUUUUUUUUCCUUUCUUAGUGUUUUGCUUUCUGUAUCUUUUCCAAUCUCACCUUUGUCCCACCUUUGCUCACCCAGUUCUGCUAGUUUAUAUCUCUUUCUGUGCAUUACUUCGACAGAUUGAGUAUCUCUGUGGUAAAUCACUCUGUCAAUGAGUCGGUCUGUGGAUGAGUCAACUUGUUAAUGACAUUUAAUACAGCUCAUGUCCUGGCCCACAUUAUUGUAUUACAUUGUUGCCUCUUUAUCUGAUGGGGCAGUGACAUUUAGAAGUAUUACCGCCUGCUUUUGCAGAAAGGCCUUUAAGAGCAAAGUCACUUGUUUUCAUGUUACAAAAAGGUAGAUUUUUAUUUUUCUAUAUCUCCUCAUAAUGCAUGCUAACAUUCAUUUGAUGCUACUUAAGGUGGAUUUUUUUUAAAUCUGACAUGUUAGGGAGACACUACUUCCUCCUCAGUUUGUCUACACUGUAAACCCGGAUUAGUUUCUGUGCAAAUAGUUGAAGUAUACAUCAGUUGAAAAAAAUGAGUUUUGUUGCAUUACUUUAAUAGUGUCGGUAUGUUGUACUGGCAUUAUUUGAUUAAUAUGUGCACUAGCAGUUUUAAAUUGUGUUGAGCCUCAAUAAUUUAGAUGCACUUUUAGUUUUGAGUUCAAUAAACUUCAAAAAUUAACUACUAGCCUGCACUUGAAUCCGAUUGGCUAGUUGUGUCAAGACUUGUCUGGGCAUGCUGGAAGGAGGACCUUUGGUCUUUGUCUUGUUGUCACAGAGUUAGCCUUUCUGUUCUCUGCACUGUAUUAAACAUUCCGACAAAUAUGGACUAUAGGACUGAUCUGUAGUGCCUAUGCAUGGAAGAAGAUGAAUGCUUCUCAGUUAAUCUGAUUUUCAUGGAGAGCAGAAGAAAUCAACUGCAGUAAAUGAGUUCCAGUUUUGACCCUCAUGGAGCUUUUUACGUUCUUCAACUUGGUGAGUCAUUUUCCAUAUUCAUACGGUUCGAAAGACAUUAUUUCAUGAUCCCCGAAGCUUAAGAAUUUGUAUUGUGUUAAAAUUUUGGUGUGAAAACAACAUCUGAGAAUAGUUAUCUGUGUAGUCCAUGUACUUAGCUUAUCCUCUUAAUUUUUGCUGUUUCACAUUGCUAUUUGGCAGAGGUAUUUAACAUAAGUUAAUACAAAUGACUUAAUUUCACUUUUUUUUUGCGAAAGAGCAACAGCAUUUUCUCAAGAAACGCAGUGACCUACUUUAAAAAGCUAACUAAAACAUUUGACUGUAAAUAUAUAUAUAUUUUUUUUUUAAACCAUGCAUGAAGACAUACUUUGUAAGUAUUAUCCUGUUAAGUAUGAAAACAGCACGGCUUUUCAAACACUACAGACUUAAACAUUGAAGUUAUGCCAGGACUGAAUCCAUUCCUUGCUUACAUCAGGAUUGCCCAUGUACAGGACCCUGGGAAGCAGCAGCGAGAAGCUCCAGUACUGUCAGAUCCUUAGGAUGGACAAAUAUUACAGACAAAGUCUAACUAUUGUGAAAAUCUCAUUUUAUUUUCUUGUUAAUCAUAGGAUCUUCAUGAUGCAGACUCCUGGGACAUUCCAGUAGGCAUCCUCUACUUUGAAGAAAGUGGGACCCCAAAUCAUAUAAUUAUAAAAUGGUUUAAUGUUACGUUAUUUCUAUUUUAUGUUUAUUGUGGCUGUUGUUGCACCCUGUAUUUGGCAAAUGUCAAUAAAGUUGAAUGACAACUUUUGGUGUAAUAUAUUUUUGAGUUGGCAUAACUUAAAAUUUUGAGUUUAAUGAAAGCCAAACACAGCUAAAUGCACAUGAGAAAUUAGGUAUUGGCACUUAAAAUAGUGAGUUGAAUAGGUAUGAAUUUUAAUACAAAUUAUGAGUACAAGUAACUUUUCUUUCAGUGAAUUCAACUCAAAUAAUCUAUUCCAUUCCCUUUGGUAUUUGCGUAGAUUUUACUUAAUUACUGAAUUGAUGCACUCAUCACUUAAAUCAUUUAAGUGCAAUCAUUGCCUCAAAAAUUUUAAGUAUAAUCAACUUAUCUGGGUUUACAGUGUAGCUAGCAUCUGUAGCCGAGACUAAGUUCAAAUCAAAUAGAAAAUUUAUAUUUGGCCAAUUUUGAAAGUAAAAUGAAAGACAAAUCACUUACUGGUGUAUACUUUGGUAGGCAUAUUAUCUCUUUAUAGGAUUCAAGGCAGUGAGCCAUACCCCUCUUGUUUCUGUCUGAUGGAGAUAUGAGUUUUUAAAGAAGGGGGGUAUCAUGCAUAUUUUACAGACUUUAUAUUUCCCCUCCGGUUCCUUUUAAAUAGCUUUACGGGAUUUUCAGAUAAAAAAAAAAGCUCAAAUUUCCUAUCUCUGAGACACUUUGUUUUAGCUGCUGUCUAAGUGCCCCACCACACACACACACACACACACACACACACACACACACAAGCCCGCUUUCCUCUGAUUGGCUACCUCUCCAGAGGCUUUCCAGAAGCAGGCUGAGGGCAGAGCUUGAUGUUUUGGCUGGCCCCUUUAUUGUGGUUGAUCAGUUGAGCAGCAGAGCAGCGUGACCCCAUAGGCUUGCUUGAUAUAUUUGGGAAUUUGUCUGAGAUUUGAGCAGUUAACAUCUACUUCCUAAGAUCAUGACAACAUACAUUUACCACGUGAUUUGGAACUUUGCAUGCAUGUAGUAUGGACACCAAACUUUACAGUUUCUUUGAACAUUUUCACUUCCUACCUCUCCCAGACUUGUUCUGUGCUGUGUGGCUCUCCUUAAAUUUCUUGAUGAUACUUCUGACUCCACUUCUUGACACUUGGAAAUAAUAAAAAAAAAAUAUAUUUUUUUUUAUAUCCUUCUCCUGCUUUGUGAGCAUCAACAAUUAUUUUUCUCAAGUCUAAACUGAAUUCUUUUGUUUUUGCCAUGAUGCCUUCUUAAGUGACAGCUCAGAUGCGUAACAAGGUUUUUGUACUGUGUGUAAAGUGUAGGACAACUCUUUGUUUAACUUGAUAGAUUGAUUUCAAUCUGUGAGCACUCGGAAGUUAAAGCACAUGAUUGCACAACAGUGGUUUUUGUUUCGGCUCAAUGAACACAUCAAUUCUUAAGGAGUCUAAUAAUUUUGACCCUGAUAGUUUUUGGUUUUUUUGAAAUAAUUUUGUUUCUGUGUACAAAGUAAAAUAAUGUAAGGAUCCAAAAUAAAAGUAGGAUUUUUGGAAAAGCUGUGUAAAAAAAUCAUUAAUAUGUUGAACAGCACUUACGAAAUUCUGGAAAAAAACUUGAAAUUUCAUAGGGGGGCUAAUAAUUUUGGCCUCAACUGUACAUAUCUGCUCACAAACACCUGAAGCAAGAGAUUAAUUUGACCCAAAUCUGCAUAAGUGUUAAUCCACGGUCAGAUUUUGUUCCUAAUGGAUGUACCCUGAUGGCCAAUGCCUCUGUGCUUAUCAUGCAACAACUCUCAGGAGUGGAGUAGAGUUGUGGAGUUGUUCCUCCAACAUGAUUUAAUGAUGUCCUGUUUUCAUCCCCUAUCUGUGGUACUUUGAGAUGUGCUUUAAAUGUAAAGUCUACAUAAAAUAUAUUGUUAUUAUUAGCAUUAUUGUUAUCAUUAUUAGAAAAAAUCAGAGGAUAGUUUUUUCAAAAUCUUUCAUGACAACACAGUGUUUGGGUCACCUUUUGCUUGGUUCUGGAUGAAGUAUGGUUCUGACUGGCUUGUUGACAGAAGCACUCGUACAAAAAUAUUUGUAACAUAUAUUUUUGUCAAGCUUCAAACUCCAUGGUUUUAUUGUGCCGUCACUGGCAUAUUCCACAUCGGAAAUUCACUUGGAAUUUUGUCAGACUAUAUAGUAAAAUCUCAUUUUAGAGAUUUGCCUAAAGCUCUGCCUUUAUGUUUUUUCCUUACUAUUUCUUAUUUUUUUAUCAUCUUUGCAGGGGAGGUCCUACUCAUUUGAUCGUGUGUUUCCAGUCAACACCACUCAGGAGCAGGUGUACAACGCCUGCGCCAAGCAGAUUGUCAAGGGUGAGGAUGAACAGCAUCAGUCUAUUGUGGGUGUUAGAUUGAUUGUUUUUGCAAUCAGAUAAGACUGAAAAUUUGGCCCGUUUUUUGAAGAAUGCCAUUUUAUUUUUUGUCAAACUACAGCCCUGCCGUGUGCCAUCAUUUUGUUUUCUGUAUUGCAAUUUAUAUCAUGCUCCAUACCAUGAAAUCAUGGUCUAAGUCAUGUAGACUGAAAAUGAAAUAAAAUUGUUUUCUGUUCUUUAAGGUUUUUAUUUAUUUUUUCAGAUGUCUUAUAUGGAUACAAUGGUACUAUCUUUGCAUAUGGACAAACCUCAUCCGGGAAGACUCACACCAUGGAGGUACUUUUGCAUAGCAAUUAAGUUAAACCAUUGUUUUUAAAUUGACAUUUGAGCUGCCCAUCCAAUCAGAUCUAGUAAAAAAUUGUCUAAUUAUACUCAAGGUAACCACAAAUGAACUUUGGUGACUUGGUUCUACAAUAUAAGACAGCAAAUUACUGUAUUUACUUUCCUUGUUUCAUGAAUAAUAUCUCCCACAAUGAUUUUGAUGUUAGACCAAUUUUGGUGGCAGGUAUCACUAAAGAAAUGCACCAGUCUUUCAAGAAUUCCAUAAAGUUCUGUUUUGUUUUUCCAGACUUUUAUUCUCACGGAAUAGCAUUUUCUCUCUUAAACAGGAAAUUUUAUGACAGCAGAAAGUGUAUGAGGUCUCCCUCAACCUUCGACCCUUGAUAGGAAUAACCUCUGCACUCAUUGUAUUAAAUAUUGUAUUCUUACCUUUCUGGCUUCCUGUUCCAGGGCAAGCUGCACGAUCCUCACCAGAUGGGUAUCAUCCCUCGCAUUGCUGAGGACAUUUUCAACCACAUCUUUGCUAUGGACGAAAACCUGGAAUUCCACAUCAAGGUAUUUGUACUACAUGAGUCCUGUGAGCUCACGACUUGUGCUGUGUAAAAUAUGUCAUUUAACAGGAAUUUGGUAUGUGAAAGAAACAAAGACGUUUUACAUUUUUAGUGUAAUUUCAUUUUGUAUUGUUUUCUUUCUUCAACAGGUCUCAUACUUCGAGAUCUACAUGGAUAAAAUCCGUGAUCUGCUGGAUGGUUUGUUUCAAUAAAAUCUUACUGAAUAUAAAGCAUCACAUUUUUCAUCUGCUGGCUUGUUGAAUAUAAUCUAACCAGUAUUACUGCUGCAUGACUUUAUGUUUUUUUCUGGAAUACUUAAAACUACUCAAAUUCAUUUUUUAGUGACCAAAACCAAUCUUGCUGUCCAUGAGGAUAAGAAUAGGGUGCCAUAUGUCAAGGUUUGUAUAAGUUUCUUGUAUCUUGUGUAAGUCUUUAUUAGAAGAAAAAUUCUGCCUGUUUGCUAAAUCAGAUCAAUGAUCUCAAGUUUGUCUCAUAUUGUGUUUUAAUAUGUAUUGUGUUUUGUCCCUUUUUUGCCUCAGGGAUGCACCGAGCGUUUUGUCUCCAGCCCUGAGGAGGUUAUGGAUGUGAUCGAUGAGGGCAAAGCUAACCGUCAUGUUGCUGUUACCAGUCAGUAUUUCUUUCUUUAAUUUUCCUUUUAUUGAAGAUUUCAACAAAUAUACAGCAUACAACUGGUUCAAAAUGAUUGAGUCUCUUUUUCCUCCGAAACAGCAUCAUUAAAUCGAACAAGACAUUCUUUCUCAGUUUCUCAAAAAACUCAACAAAACAUGACCUUGUCUAUUCGUAUACACAACAAGAGUAAUUAUCAUUUACUGACCCCCAUACAUUAUAACCAGUUAAAGUAGUAGAUUUUUACCAUGUUUAAGCGGAGCUAAAUAGAAUAAAAGAAACAGAACAUUACAGCUAUGAAUUAGGGUUCUUUUUGUUCCAAUGACAGACAUCUCAGAUAAAGUCUGACCUAAUUGGUUUAAUGAACUCUAUCCAAUUUUCCCAAAUUCUUUGAAAUCUGUCCGCCUCUAGUCUCAUGGAGAAAGUUAACUUUUCCAUCACAUACCCUAGUCAGGCUACUUCAUUCUUCAUCAGUUUUCUGGUAAUCCCUUUUUUGCUUGCAAUCAACAUUACUCCAUAAAUAAGUAUAAUACCUCAAAUGUAAGUGGAAGGUCUACCGUCAGUACUUUAUCCAUACAUUUCUUAAACUCCUGCCAGUAACUGCGAGUAGACAGGCAACUCCAAAACAUGUGAAAAUGGUCAGCUUUAUCAGCUCCACAUAAUCGCCAACACUUUGCGUCAUGAUACUUUGUCCAUGCUUGUGUUCUAAAGAAUUUUAUGAUGUUCUUCCACAUGUUUUCUCUCCAAGACAGGGAGCAGGUUGUUCUGCUCUGCUGUUCAUUCAUCUCUUCCCAUUGAUUCACUGAUAUGACAAUAUUUGCUUCCCUCUCCCACCUCCAUUUUACAUACUCCCUGUCAUUUCCCUUUAAGUCUUCCACUCCUUUAUAUGGUUUUAAAAUGAGCUUUUUCCCCCGUUUUGAUCUAUAUGCUGGAGUGUACAUGUCAUUAACUGCUGACUCCCUCCCCUCUAUUGUUCCCCUUAGUGUUUGCUCUAAAUAAUGCCUUAAUUGCAAGUUCCUGUAUUGGUCCAGAUUUGUCAGACUGAACUGGUCUUUUAUCUCUUUAAAGCUUUUCCUCCUUUUCUUCCUUAAAAAAUGCUCUUUUCACACUCAAAACUGAAUUUUACAAGGUCCGCUUUCCCAUUUUUUAGAAUUCUUCUUAUUUCUUCUAUUUGGCAUAAACUCAGAAUCAUACCUAAUCCAUUUUAAUAAUCUACUUUUUCUUCUCAAAUCAUUUUUUGUGAUUUAUUUAAGCCAAAGCUUCAGUGAUAUAUCCAACCAUGGGUUAGUCCCUUCCUUGAUGUGCUUUCUCAAGUUGUUGUCCCCGACUAUAGCCUAUGUAGGAACUCCAUCUGUUGUGCUGGCCUCAAUUUCUUUCCCUUUCAUUAAGCAGGUAGGAUUGUAUACAUUUAGCAAUAUUUUUAUUUGUGCAACUUAACAGUAGCUCUUCAGGCAGGGAAGUUCUAUCCCACCUCUGUUUUUUGGUAACUGCAGCAUUCUAUAUCUAGGCCUUGGUCUGGAGAUCAUUUAUCUCAUUCCCUGAAUUUAUUAUUUGUUACAUCCACUUGUAGACUGUGGAACAGAUACAAAAGCCUUGAAAGUACAUUAAUUUUUAUCACCUCAACUCUUUGCAUAAUGCUCAUAUAAGGUAUCAGAUUCCAUCUGCUGAUAUUAGAUUUAAUUCUAUUGAGCAACGGGUUACAGUUGUUGGAUUUUAAUUACCUUAAUUCCUGAGGUAGAUUAACUCUGAAAUAUUUUCUUGAUUUUAAUUUUCAGCUAAACUUGUACUUGUCCCUAAUCAUUUGGCCUGGUCUAUAGUCGAAGGUAAUAACAUAUUGAAGGUUGAAGGAAAUCUAUUUAUUUUAUAGCACCGAUAGGUGGCCAUAUUCUGUGAGGGUUGUCAUGAGUGCAGGAAGGGGCAUGUUAGAGCUGGAUAAAUAUAUUUAUACAUCAUCUGCAAAUGAAGCAGUUUUUUGUAUCCCUCCCCCCAAAGUCUAUACCUAUACCUAUUAUAUUUUUAGCUCAAGGGUCCCAGAAAAAUAGCAAAAAGAAGAGGACUAGCUGAGCAACCCUGAUGACAGCCUUGUUCUAAUGUGACAAACUUUGAAAGACUCCCAUUGAUCCUGAUCCUAGCUGAUGGUUUUUCAUACAGGGCCUGUUUAACAUUAAUAAAUAACUCACUGAAGCAAAACCGCUCCAGCACUCCCACCCCGAAUCCCACCAUACGGUGUCAAAUGCCUUUUCGACAUCUAAUUCCUCUACUACCGUCUCUAUCUGAUUUUGAUUACAUGUUGCAUUACAUAUAGGGUGUGCCUGAUAUUGUCCUGCAUUUCCCUUUGUUUUAGAUAUAGACUGUAUAUAGAAUGGACACCGUCUGCCUCCUCGCUGGGUGAAACCAUUCCGAGAACAGCACCCUCUGAUGGUGGGCUGUAGUACAGGUCAUAAAUCCCACCUCCGCCAGCAAAGCUUAUGGGGCUGUGGACAAACUUUAGAAAUUUAUUACACAGAACAUACAUUUUUUCUCCCCCCUGCUUGUGAUGUUGACAUGUAGUUACUGUCAGACUGGUUUGUGCUCAAGUCCUCUUUUUUCUGUGAAGCUCCGUUUUUAAAAGUUAUUAGGGGGUUCAUGUUUUCUAUGAUUGACACCUGAUACAGCCUAUUGGCGUUCAGGAAUUAAGUAGCUCUCCCGGGGGGAUACGCUGUUUGAGCCGAGCGUCAUCACAGUGACUCUCUGCGACUGCGCGGCCGAAUGCGCACAACGCUACUGCGCAGCGCUGGUUUCAGGAAAUGAAGAAAAAUCCCGGAAAUACCGAGAGCUUUUUGGCUUCAAAUCCGUAUACAGGCGGUAGGCGGAACCAGGUUGUCCAUAUAUAUACAGUCUAUGGUUUUGGAAGUCCCAAUUGGUUUAAAUGGAUUUUUUCUGGCAAAAUUAUUUCUAGACGUCUUCUAAAAUAGCUGUAAACAAUCUGUAAUCUUGAUUAAGGACACUGAUGAGUCUAUGCUGGAGCAUUCCUGCUCAUCCUUACCCUCCUGGGGAAUUACAGACAUAAUGGCUGCUUUACUUUUAGCAGUUCGUUGUGUUUUCUUCUCCCUCCCUAGUCCAGCUGAUUUGCCUUUUAGCUUAACUGGCUCGUUUUCUAGCUUGAGGUUCAAACUUGCGUUUUUAUGUGACUUUCAAUUAUUUCCCCUGGUCCUACUUAUCACCCUAACUACCACACUCUCUCGUUUAUCUUCACUUUCAAAGACUGAUAAGUUUAUAAGGCCUUUUUACUUUUAUUGCUGAAGUCGGACUGGAAGUCCCCUUAUUUCAAACUUUUUGAGAUUACAAAGGCAAUAUAUGAAACAUACAAAUAUUACAGUUUCUUUGAAACAGUAAGAACCAGUCCAAAGACCAAGUCUUCAGUAAAACGUCAUCCAUCCUGAGGAAAGAGUAAAUUAUCAUCUCCUCCUCGCAUUUCAGAACACAAGUUCUCUUUUCCCUUUAAAGGCAGCAGAAGCGGCUAAACUAACUCGUUAGUGUCAGGCAAAGUGACAGCUAAUUGGCUGAUAUUGUGUUAGGUUAUGUAAUAUUCCUGUUAUAGCCCACUACAAUUUCCAACAUCAUUCAUUUUCAUAGAAAGAAAUAAGAAACUGUCAGAGGGAGCUCCCAGCUGUAAUUCUUAACAAAACCUUAAAAAAAAGAGAAGUUAAAAGCUAUUUGACAGCUGACUGCACCUUGUUGAGGCCCACAAAUACUGCUGUCAGUUUGCAUGUCAUUGUGGUGUUUUAACUUUAUUGUACACUUUACUACUGUGUAAUAAAAGACAGUUAAAAUAAUGUGAUCUAAUUAUCAGAUUGUGUAAUACUUUAAAGGGGUAAACUAAAAUAGAGCUUCUUCUUUUUUUACAACGAUUAACAAUAAUUAAACUCCACUACUGUUCUUUUUGGACAAGUUAGAUUUAUGAACUGACAAGUAUUUAGUUAAUGCCAUAAAAAGAAGAAGACCAACUUUAUUGACCUCAGGGAAAUUCAGUAUUCAUGUCAUUGUAUUGGGAUAAUAAUGCCAUGUGUAGCUAUUAUAAACAAUUAUGUGGCUUUUAUGUUGUAGAUUUUGUGUAUUAGUAAGGAAUUUGGUGAAUGUGUGAUGUUGUAGUUGAUGCCUUGAUGCCUUCUUAAAGUUCUUCUUAUUCUUUUUUUCUCCUUUGAAAAAGAGAACUUUAGAUGUUAUUCAUUAAGGCCACGGGUACGGUGGAUUUUUUCUUAUUCCUCUUCCGGACAAAUUCUGAUUUGCUACUAGUCCUACAGAUUGAAGAGUUGUAGGACUAAUUUGAGCGGGAUUGGCCAGCUGUUACUUUUCUCUAUUGUGUGCAAAUUUAUAUUAUUACACCACUUGCUACUAGUAUUAAUUAUUUGAAAUCUCCCAAAAACCUCAUCAUAAUGUGCACACACCAGCAGUAGCCCCAUGAUGGAGUCAGUUUGAAAGGUAAUAACUCUGUCUCUGUUCUUUGAAUUGACCAAUUGAGAAGGGCCACAGGUUUGGUUCAACCCCCGGUUGGGUCAGUAGUGUAACCCAUGAGUCCAAACAAGUCUGGAAAGAUUUAUAUGAUCCUGUGUCCUGGGACCAGAUAAGGAACCUUUUCCUGUGAGGAAUGUGUGAAUUUUACACACAGAGUUGUCUUGAUGCUAUUUACUUGGUCUCUAAAACCCUCCAUUCUUCAGCCUGUCUGUAUGGUAGAUAAUUAAAACGAAGAAAAAAAAGGUUACAAGAAAGGAAAUGACCAACAUUUUUCAUUCAUGCCUUGUUCAUUGAAAUUUUAAUUUGAUUUAAUUUAUUUCAUUUUAUUUUAACCAUAUAAAAUGGAAAUGUGAUAAACAACAGUUUCCAAAGUUACUGCCAAAAAUCUCUUUGUCUUUCCUCCACUCUAUUUUGUGUUGUUUCUGUCUUCAUGUAGACAUGAAUGAGCACAGCUCUCGUAGUCACAGCAUCUUCCUGAUCAACAUCAAGCAGGAGCAUGUGGAGACUGAGCAGAAACUGUGUGGAAAACUGUACUUGGUGGAUCUGGCUGGCAGUGAGAAGGUUAGAGAGAGGUUGUGCAUUAUCCAGCGAAGUGCCAACAUUUUAAUCAGCCACUUCAAAUAAACAAUUAUUUAAAGACUAUUUGCCUUGACUCACCUUGUCACUCCUCUAUUCCAGGUCAGUAAGACUGGGGCUGCAGGAGCUGUUCUGGAUGAGGCCAAAAACAUCAACAAGUCACUCUCUGCUCUUGGAAAUGUUAUCUCUGCCUUGGCUGAGGGCACAGUGAGUCCCUCAUACUUUCUUCCAUGUAUUUUCAUUUGUAUACUAGCUAUAGCUUUCCUCUCUCAUUUCCUAACCCUGAUCUCUUAAUUUGAGUCUGUCUUUGCACCUUGUUCACACAAUUUAUUCAGCUCAAAAUUAAAUGAGCUCUCUAUCGUGAGCUUUCUUUCUUCACUGUCAUAUGAUCUUGAUUUUUUCUCUUUUGUUCUUAUCACAUUUCUCAUUUCUUUUUUAUUCCUCCAACUUUGGCUUUAUAUUCUGGUUGUUUUGCCUCAUCUUUUUCUCUCCCAUUCUCUCUCUUUUAAUCUCCCUUCUGCAGAAAACUCACGUUCCAUACCGAGACAGCAAAAUGACCCGCAUUCUGCAGGACUCACUUGGUGGAAACUGUCGCACUACAAUGUUCAUCUGCUGCUCUCCCUCCAGCUACAACGACGCCGAAACCAAGUCAACUCUAAUGUUUGGCCAACGGUAGUUAUACCCGUGGACACCAUCAAGAUAUCUCGAGAAAGAAAUAUUAGUUCUCAGUAUAUUAGUGAGAACUGUACUCAGUUUAUCAAUUUUUUAUGCCAUAGUUAGCAACGCAAUGGCAUCUUGAGUAAAUUAUCGCAUGGAGCUGUUUAAACUUCAUCAAUCAUCCCCUUAGCCACUUAAAAUUCUGAGGGCUAUAUUUUUGUGCCGGGCGGCGCACUGAUGGGGCAUGUGUAAGCACACUUUGGUUAUUUGCUGAGCUGCGCAGCCCGUUGCAAGUAUAUCUCCACCCUAUCUCAGCUCUUCCCAGUGGCAUAAGUAGGAAAGAGGGAGGGGAGAAGGGGUGUAGUGGGUUAAACAUAGCCAUGUCCAACUUUCACCAAUCACAUCAGUUCCUCUUCUCACCUUUAAAUGUGCCUGAGGACAGCAACGCCAGAUGGUGGCGUCCUUAAGAAUUUAAGGACGUGGACAUUAGAUAAACAGAUUAUUUUAAAUGAAAGUCUUUUAUCGUUUUGUUCACAUUUUUAAAUAAAUCACUCGUUUGAUCACUAAAAUAAAGCUGUAUUUAAACCUGUACCGUUUUGUCAUUGUCACAGUGCCAAGACCAUUAAGAACACUGCCUCCAUCAACCUGGAGCUGACAGCAGAGCAGUGGAAGAGGAAGUAUGAGAAGGAGAAGGAGAAGAACAAGACAUUGAAGGACACCAUCCAGAAGUUGGAGACUGAGCUUAACCGCUGGAGAAAUGGUGAGACAAAUUGAGUACCUCCUCACUGAGAGCUAUGUUGAGUUGGACGUUAUUAACAAGCACAUUGAUUACUUUUUAUAGCUGUGAUUUCAGUAUUUUUUUUCAGUUAUUUAGUUAUUUAUUUCAAACCCAAACGAACAAACAGACUAAACAAUACCAUCCAACAACCUGACAAACCAUCACAACAAGAAACAAAUCACCCAACAAAACAACAAGCACCAUUUUCUUUAUUCAUUUAAAGUGUUUUAAUGUGCUUCCAUCCCUCUCAACAGGAGAAGAUGUACCCGAGACAGAGCGCACCGCUCCAGAUGUGGUGAACCGUUUUGAGUCCAUCGAUGAGCGCCUCAUCCUGGACAAUGACACUUCCUCCAUUGUGGUUCGCAUCUCUGAGGAGGAACGACAGAAGUAUGAGGAGGAGAUUCGCAAACUGUACAAGCAGCUGGAUGACAAGGUCCAAAAUACAGACACAGACAUCCGAAUGUCAAUAGACAGUUUACUUAAGUUUGCUUUUACUGAUGUUGUAAAUGCAGAUUUAAUUUUUUAAGCAGACAUCUAUUGCAAUAAUUUUAUUUUAUUUUUUAAUUGUAAUCAUUGAAAUACUGAUAAGUUAAAAAUAUCAUAAAGAAAGAAGAUUAAAACUGAUAUCUCAAAAAAAUUGAUUUUGCAGGAUGAUGAGAUCAACCUUCAGUGCCAGCUGGUGGAGAAAUUAAAGCAGCAGAUGCUGGACCAGGAUGAGGUCAGGCCUCACACAAACAGUUGUACAGUGUUAGCAUGUAAAGAUUAAGAAAAGCAACUCUUUCAAAAAUGAGGAAAAAUAUUAUUUUAUUUUAUUUUACUUCUCAAAAACUGCCUUUUGCUGUGGUCCUCAUUUUCUUUCUCUUGUUUGCUCUCUCUCUCUCUCUCCUUCUGUCUGCCAUCUCCCUUCCCCAACCAGCUCUUAGCCUCAUCGAAGGGAGAUGGGGACAAGGUCCAGGCUGAACUCAGCAGGCUGCAGGUGGAAAGCGACUGUGCCAAGGCUGAGGUGAAGGAGGUGCUGCAGGCUCUGGAGGAGCUGGCCAUCAACUAUGACCAGAAGAGCCAAGAGGUGGAGGAGAAAGGCCUGCAGAACCAGCUGCUGGCUGACCAGCUCUCCCAGAAAAUGGUGUGUUUGAAGGUCUGCGGGAAAUAUGAAGUUGAUAGAAGAAGAACUAGUAUGAAAGACAGAUGGGGGCACAGACAGACACACAUCUUUGCUGGACUAGAUACAAGCACAUGCUGCAGUGUUGCAUGAUCUAUAAAUAGAAAGUGCCAUUGAUAUAACAAAAUUGAUAAGUACUGAACAAAGGUGUUUACAUCUUCUUACAUUAAUCCUAGCUAACUGGUUUAAACCGGAGGAUAUUUUUUGAGGUACAUAAAGGUUUGAAUUAAAAAUGUUUGACAUUUUCUUGUGGAGGUCUCAGCUGGUCUUCGCUUUUCGCUCGGUGGGGUUCUUUCCUAAUUUGACUCUGUCCUUCUGUCUUUUAUUUGUGACAGGCCAGUUUAAUGGAGCUAGAGGCAGAGCUGUCUCGUAUGCAGGAAGUGAGUGGUCAGCAGAGGAAACGCAUUGCCGAUGUACUGAAUGGUUUGAUGAGGGACCUCAGCGAGUUUAGCAACAUUGUAGGCAAUGGGGAGAUCAAGCUGGUGAGUAACAUCGGAUUCAAAAAUGAAUUUUUGUGAGUGAUAGAACAGCAUGUACAAGAUACUUCAUUACUGAAUGUCUUGUUCUGUGGUGAUUGACUAAGAGGUGAAACUCAUCCUAAUUCUCCUUCCAAUCUGCAGCCAGUGGAGAUUAGCGGUGCAAUUGAGGAGGAGUUCACUGUUGCUCGCCUCUACAUCAGCAAGAUCAAGUCAGAGGUGAAGAGCAUGGUGAAGCGCUGCCGCCAGCUAGAAAACAUGCAGCUUGAGUGCCACCGCAAGAUGGAGGAGACUGGGAGGGAGCUUUCCUCCUGCCAGCUCCUCAUUUCUCAGGUGAGAUAGAAGACAGGAGAUAGAAAUUGAUGAAGAGUUGACCAAAUCAAGGAGGGGUAUCAUCCUCUCCACUUUUACAACAAAAACUGCAAAGUUACAAAGUUUGGUGUCCAUACUACAUGCAUGCUAAGUUUCAAAUCACUAUAAGGUAAAUAUAUUUUGUCAUAAUCAUUUUGUCAUAAAGUAGAUGUAAACUGCUUAAAUCUCGGACAAACACGCGAAAAUGCAAGAUCAUAGUUUAUGUGUGAGAUUUACUGAAUUCGGAUGUAAGAAUUAUAGACUCUCCUUACUGGUUUAUCUGUGCUUAUACAUAUAUAAUGUGCAGUGCAUCCAGAAAGUAUUCAUACCACUUCAAUUUUUCCACAUUUUAUGUUACAGCCUUAUUCCAAAAUGGACUAAAUUCCCUUUUUCCCUCAAAAAUUCUACUCAAAAUACCCCAUAAUGACAAAGCGACUAAAAAUAAGAACACUCAAAUGUUGCAUAUACAGAAGUAUCCACACCCUUUACUCAAUACUUGGUCGAAGCACCUUUGGCAGUGAUUACAGCCUCCAGUCUUCUUGUGUAUGAUGCAACAAGCUUGGCACACCUGGAUUUGGGGAGUUUUUCCCAUUCUUCCUUGCACAUCCUCUCAAGCUCAGUGAGGUUGGAUGGGCAGCGUCAGUGCGAAGCUACUUUCAGGUCUUUCCAAAGAUGUUCAAUCAGGUUCAAGUCUGGGAUCUGGCUUGGCCACUCAAGGACAUUCAGAGACUUGUCCUGAAGCCACUCCUUUGUCUUCUUGGCCGUGUGCUUAGAGUCAUUGUCAUGCUGGAAGAUGAAGCGUCGCCCCAGUGAAGCGCUCUGGAGCAGGUUUUUAUCAGGGAUUUCGAUGUACUUAGUUGCAUUCAUUUUUCCCUCGAUCCUGACAAGUCUCCCAGUUCCUGCCGCUGAAAACAUCCCCACAGCAUGAUGCUGUCACCACCAUGCUUCACUGUAGGGAUGGUAUUGGCGAGGUGGUGAGCGGUGCCUGGUUUCCUCCAGACAUGACGCUUGGCAUUCAGGCCAAAGAGUUUGAUCUUCGUUUCAUCAGACCAGAGAAUUUUGUUUCUCCUGGUCUGUGAGUCCUUCAGGUGCCUUCUAGCAAAGUCCAAGCGGGCUGUCAUGUGCAUUUUACUGAGGAGUGGCUUCUGUCCAGCCACUCUACCAUAAAUGCCUGACUGGUGGAGUGCUGCAGAGAUGGUGGUCCUUCUGUAGGUUUCUCCCAUCUCCUCAGAGGAACGCUGGAGCUCUGUCAGAGUGACCAUCGGGUUCUUGGUCACCUCCCUGACCAAGGCCCUUCUCCCCCGCUUGCUCAUUUUGCUCUAGGAAGAAUCUUGGUGGUUCCAAACGUCUUCCAUUUCUUAAUGAUGGAGACCACUGUGCUUUUUAGGAUCUUCAAUGCAGCAGAUAUUUUUGUGUAACCCUCCCCAGAUCUGUGCGCCGAUUCAACCCUGUUUCGUAGGUCUACAGACAAUUCUUUCAACUUCAUGGCUUGGUUUGUGCUCUGACGUGCUCUGUCAGCUGUGGGAUCUUAUAUAGACGGGAGUGGCUUUCCAAAUCAUGUCCAAUCAGCUGAAUUUGCCACAGGUGGACUGUAAUCAAGUUGGAGGAACAUUUCAAGGCUGAUCAGUGGAAACAGGAUGCACCUGAGCUCAAUUUUGAGUUUUAUAGCAAACGGUGUGAAUACUUAUGUAUAUACAACAUUUGAGUGUCUUAUUUUUGCAAAAUGUUCUAAAAAAAAAGUUUUUCAAUUUGUCAUUAUGGGGUAUUUUGUGUAGAAUUUUUGAGGGAAAAAAGGAAUUUAAUCAAUUUUGGAAUAAGGCUGUAACAUAACAAAAUGUGGAAAAAGUGAAGUGGUAUGAAUACUUUCCGGAUGCACUGUAUAUAUGUGUAAAUCUAUCUGUCUGUUGAUAUAGUAUCUCACAAAAGUGAGUAUACCCCUCACUUUUCUGCAAAUAUUUAAUUAUAUCAUUUCAUGGGAUAACACUUAAGAGAUGAUGUACAGUACAACAAUGUAUGGUAGUCAGUUUACAGCUUGUGUAACAGUGUAAAUUAACUGUCCCAUCAAAAUAACUCAACACACAGCCAUUAAUGUGAACACCCCUGACAACAAAAGUGACUACACCACUGAGUGAAAAUGUCCAAAUUGGGCCUAUUAGCCAUUUCCCCUCUCCAGUGUCAUGUCACUCCUUAGUCUUACAAGGUCUCAGGUGUGAAUGGGGAGCAGUUGUGUUAAAUUUGGUGUUCAUAGUCCCACACCCUCUCAUACUAGUCACUGGAAGUUGAACAUGGCACCUCAUGGCAAAGAACUCUCUGAGAAUCUCAAAAAAGAAUUGUGGCUCUUCAUAAAGAUGGUCAAGGCUAUAAGAAGAUUGCCAACACCCUGAAACUGAACUGCAGCACAGUGGCUAAGACCAUGCUGUACAGCUGUUAAACAGGACAGGUUACACUUAGAACAGGCCUGGCUAUGGUCAACCAAAGAAGUUGAGUGCAUGUGCUCAGCAUCAUAUCCAGAGGCUGUCUUUUGAAAACAGACGUUUGAGUGCUGCCAGCAUUGCUGCAGAGGUUGAAGGGGUGGGAGCAGGGGCGGACUGGGACCGUAAUUUAGGCCAGGAGUUUGACUCCAUCCAGGCCAGGCCAAUACACAUUAUACACACAAUACACACAAUAUAUUGACACUUUGGGCCCGAUUUGGACAUUUUCACUCAGUGGUGUAGUCACUUUUGUUGUCAAGGGUGUUCACAUUAAUGGCUGUGUGUUGAGUUAUUUUGAGGGGACAGUUAAUUUGCACUGUUACACAAGCUGUAAACUGACUUCUGUUCAUUGUGUCAAAGUGUCAUCUCUUUAGUGUUAUCCGAUGAAAAUAUAGAAUUAAAUAUUUGCAGAAAAGUGGAGUGUACUGAUUUUUAUGAGAUAGUAUCUAGAUAGAUAGAUAGAUACAUAGAUACAUAGAUUCAAUGCUGCUCUGCUGCUCUACUGAUUGACCACAAUAGAGGGGGUGGGGCCAAACACAUCCAGCUCUACCUUCACAAUGCCUCUGGAAAGCCUCCAGAGAGAUGGCCAAUCAGAAUAAGGCUUGUUGGGUGGUGGGUGUGGCGUGGCCUUAGAGAGCAACUAAAAUGAAGCAUAUCAGACAGAGGCUGAGAUAAUAUUUUAAUACACCAGAGUGAGUAAUUUGAGGCUUUAUUGAUCUGAAAACAAUGUAAAGCUAUUCAAGAGGAAUCAUAGAGGGAGUAUAGAGUCUGAAAAAAAGACAUAAACCCACCUUUAAUUGUACAGCGCUGAGGCUCCUUUUAAUUGACAUUUUUUACACAUUUUCUCUUUUAAAAUUAUACAGCAUGAGGCUAAGAUUCGCUCUCUGACGGAGUACAUGCAGAGUGUGGAGCAGAAGAAGAGGCUGCUGGAGGAAAGCCACGAUUCCCUCAGCGAAGAGCUGGCCAGGCUGCAGGACCAGGGUAAUUUAAAAACCAUACAUUUAUAUUCACACAAAGUACUUUCAUAGUUAAAGAAUUAAUUAAAAUACAGACUGAAAGAAAAUGACGAGAACAAGACAGAUUUAAGAAAGACAUUUUAGGAGACAAAAAAAAAAAUCACAGCUUGCACAUUUUUAGCAUAAGGAAUUUAUGUGGUUGCGGCUCUGUGGGAUAACAUAUCUGUGUUUCCUUUAACCAGAUAACUCUCAGCUGGAGGAGAAGGAAGGAGAAAAGGGUGAGACUGAGGAGGGUAAAGUGAAGGUAAAAAAACUCAAUAAUUUUUCACUGCCUAUCCUGAAACUUGAAGAUGUUGAUUUACAGACAGAUAGGACUCAGUCAUUCUAGAAAGGGGAACUUGAAAGAUAUGAUGUAGUGUGCUCCAUUAAUAAUUGACUCCUCAUACUCUCUUACUUCAAUGACAAUCUCAAUCAGAUGUUGAUUUUAGGUAUUCAAAGCCAAGGCCAGUAUCUUAAAACAAACGGUGCAUGUUUGCGUCUUCCACAAUGCAGAUAAGUGUCCGUCAGGAGGGGGAGUCUCAUCGUGGCCUCCAUCACAAGCAGCUGGCCCGCCUGCGGGAUGAGAUCAAUGAGAAGCAGAGGAUCAUUGAUGAGCUCACUGAGUCUGUGACCUUAUUAAUUAUUGCUUGCUAGUCACAUAAUGGAUGUAAUAAUGACUUACUAUCAAUUAUUAUAUAAUUAUUUGACAAGAUUGCAUAAAUCUUUUUAUUCUGCAUAAACAAAAGAAGAUGACUAAUAUAUAUAUUUUUUUAAAAUGUUUUGUAUAGAUGAAUUCAGUCUCACUUUCUACCUAUUUGCCUUUUACCAAGUGAUCACAUUUUUUUUCACAUAUUCAGUCGCAACUCCAAGCUAGAGCUGGAGCUGGCUCAAGUCCGCGCUGACUUUGAACGACUGAAGAGUCAGGACAGCACCAAGAGCGAGCGCCUGGAAGAGCUCUCGUAAGUGUUGGCCAGAUCAGUUUUUCAUAUUCGACUUCUCAGUGUGGUUAAACCAAAGGUCCUUCAAUUCAUUAUUCAACGCAUCAGUUAGAAAUUAUAAGAAAACUUUUUUUUGUGGUACUUUCUUGAUUUUUCCAUUAAAUGCAGUAUUAGUAAAAUAGAAAAUAAAAUGUCCCUUCUUCUAUAUUCCAGCAGAGGGCACUCAAAACAUUAUAUUGAAAACUGGCUUGAAGUGCACAGAUCUAUUCUCUCUGUUACUUUGAUUAUGUAUGACAGAUUCCUGCAUGAGCGCCAUGAGCAGACCAAACAGGACUUAAAGGGUCUGGAGGAGACUGUCGUAAGUAAAAACAUAUAUCUCUCCUUCUACUUCUGUCUCUUAUCCCCACCCACUAGAGGCUCCUCAUACUCAUAAGGUAAAACCCUUCCCAUACAUCAGUGUCUGCUGUUUUCUCCCUAACCUCCUGUCCUUUAGGCCCGCGAACUCCAGACCCUCCACAACCUGCGCAAGCUGUUCGUUCAAGACCUCACGUCGCGGGUUAAAAAAGUAAGCAGUUCCUAGAUGAUAACACAGAAUAACGCAGCAUUUUCUGAUCGUGCUUAGUGAGUAUUAAGGAAUCUGCUACAUGCAUACUGUAUGAUGAAACUUACAGAUUUUUCUUUUAGCUGUCUUUUGAUUUUAUUUUUAAUCUUCUUUGAAGAGUUCCGAAAUGGAACCUGAUGAUAGCGGGGGGUCUUGCACCCAGAAGCAGAAGAUUUCCUUUCUUGAGAAUAACCUGGACCAACUUACAAAGGUUCACAAACAGGCAAGACAUUUUGUAAACAAUAAGAGGACAAAUGAUAUAUAAUGAUGAUAGAUGAUUUAAUGAUGUCACCAAAAUCUUUGAUUUCAACCAUUUUGAACUAGCAGAUAAUGAUAUUUUGAUACCUUUAUCUGAAGAUGCUUCUCUUUUGAAAGAUAAUUUGCCUUCUACUCAAAAACAGUAAACUGCAUGUACAGAGCCUGACAUCAGAAAACUACUGGUAAAAAUGACAUAUGGAAUAAGUAGUAAGUGUUGUACUUGGGGUGUGUUGCUUUGUCCUACUUGACUCUGAAUAUUUCAAAACCUCUGUGUCACCUGUCGUCUCUCCCUUGCUCUCCUUCUACUUUCAGCUGGUUCGUGACAAUGCAGAUCUGCGCUGUGAGCUUCCAAAGUUGGAGAAACGUCUUCGGUCUACUGCUGAGAGAGUUAAGGCCCUGGAGACUGCACUGAGAGAUGCAAAGGAGGGCGCCAUGAUGGACCGUAGGCGCUACCAGCAAGAGGUUGACCGCAUCAAAGAUGCCAUGAGGGCAAAGAAUGCCAUGAGGCGCCCCCAUGCAGCACAGAUUGGUACCAAAAAUGAAGCUUGUUGGUAUAAGUUGUUUGAUGUAGAUGUGUAAAAUUAAGGACACGCGACUCUUAGGUUUGACUGAAUUGUUUUUUUGCUCAGACCUGUAUGGAUCCUCCUGUUUUUCUUAUAUGUCCUUGUUUCCUCUUCCUGCUUUAAUUUUUUCCUUUCUAUUUCAAAGGUGAUUGUAUGAGCUAAGAACACAGUAUUAUCUAAGCUUUUUUGUAUUAGAAAUUGUAUAAAAGGCCAAUCAACUUUCAAUCACUUAUUUUUGUUUUCUGUCUGCAGCAUUAGGGGAUUCAUUUUGUUUUUUGUACUCUACCUCCUAAAUUUAUUAUCUCAACAGCCAAGCCUGUAAGGCCAAAGCAGCUGCCUGUCUGCUCUCCCACAAACCCGUUCUACACUUACAUCCGUGCCACUGAACUCUCCAACACCUACAGCAAUGCCCUUUUCCAGAGCACUGUGACACAGCCCAACUCGGCGAGUGUCAACUGCAACCCCAACUCUAUCCAGAGCAAUACGUGAGUUUUAAUCCUUUCAUCUUUGCAACAAUGCAUGCUUCAAAGUCAGGUCCUUCCAUUUAAGUAUUUCUGACCUCAAAUGUCGAUGGUCAGAAAAGGAUUAAACUGGUCUUAAACUGAUAGCUGAAGCUCUGAUAAUGGCCGGUCCUUCAUCUGAGCGACUAACCUCAGGCAGUCAGGCUUCUCCCUUAAAUAUUAUGUGUUCUUUUAUGGGUUCUCUUUGCUUGCUCUUAUUAUGCUUGUUUCCUCCAUGUGUAUGUGUGAUAAUUUUUUAACAGAGUUUCCACGGCUUUGGGUUACAGAGCGGGCAGAUAUAAUGGAGACAUUCUGGAGUCCUAUCCACUCAACAUUGACAAUGGCAAGUGCAAGAGCGCCCGAAUGCGCCUGUGUCCAAAUUAAUGUGAACACUAAGGGCUCUAUUUUGGUGCCUCGCCGGAGACGUGCCGCAAGCGCAGCGUCAGUCAGAUCCGCCGCGCUGACAAGGCGUUCCCAAGCACAUUUUGGUAUUUUGGUGAGCCACGCAGCCCGGCGUAAGUAUCCCCCCUCCCUAACUCAGCUCCUCCCAGCACCAUAAGUCGUAGACGGGGAGGAGAAAGGGCGUGUAGUUGGUUUAACACAGCCGAGACCUGUUUUCACCAAUCACAUAAGCUCCUCUCCUUGCCUUUAAAUCCGCCACAGGCGAGGCGUAUUACUAUUUUCAUGAAGUAGUCAAAGAGAUCAAGAGAUGUCUUAAGACAGUAAUGCCACAAGAUGGCGACAGAGGGCAGCUCCUCAACAAGUGUCCUCCACACUCUCUCAUAUGAGCACAGAUGGAUUUGGUGUGUUUAAUGUUGGACCCACUGGUGAGACAAACACCCGUUUCCACAAAUAAAGACAGAUUAAUAGUUGAUGAUGAUUAUUUAUUGCACUGAAAUGUGCCUGACACUGUGGAAACCUGCCGGUGAGGCAUCAGUGACGUAUGUCGAUACGCAGCCGGUCUACCAAAAUACCACUAGACCAGCUGCGUUCCGCCUUGCGCUGAAAGCUGACCAGGUUUGAAUCGGCGAGCUUUCAGCGCACUUUACACGCCGUUGGCGAGCACGAAAAUGUCACUGCGCCAGCUGAUUCUGUCGACACCUCCCCCUGCCACGCCACCACGCCCAGCUUGGCGGAUCUCGGCUCGCCUCCGUGCGGCUCAUGCCACGAAAAUACCAAAUUGGCCUUACGCUGGGCUCCGCCAGACGAAAAUACAACUGCGCGGGGCUCGCCGCCCUCCGCCGCCUCACCGGCGCGCACGAAAAUAGAGCCCUAAGUCAUGAGAACAGUAAUACAUGUAGUUCUGAUUGUGCUAAUUAAUUAGAAUAUCAUGAAACACUUGUUUUUUCUUAACAGGUAACAGUAUCAGUGAAACAAGAGACAUCAAUGACAACAGGUGAGGAUGUCAGUCACAGAGAGACAGAGGAAAAAGAAAACCUAAGCUGUUUCUUUUUUUUUUUUCACUUUCUAACCAACUUUAAGUAAGACCAGAAUACAUCUGCAUCAUCAAACUGUUUAUGUACUGAUAUGAAAAAAAGGUAAUUAAUCUGUGUUGCAGUCUUUUAAUUAAAUGAAAUUCAAAAUGUUUGACACUUUUUUAACUUUCUUAUUAGUGUCGCUCUCACAUUUAAUAAAACAGAAAUCAGUGUCUAGUGAAUUAAAGAAAUAUGCUCUGGAUUGUGUACUGAUUGUUGUGUUUGUUUAUCUGAAUUUCUAGAAGUGAUGUUCACUGUGGUAGUGAGGUGGAUGAUUCCAACAGGCACUACAUCCUUCAGCAGGAGACUGCUGCAAGUUAAUACCUUGGUAAAUUGCAGAGCACACACACACACACACACACACACACACUACACAGAUGCACAGACUUUCAGUUUUUAUGUCUACCCCACAAAUGGAUUUGCCCCUUAGCAACAGUUAAUCUCCUGAAUUUUCUUUUUCAGUUGGUAAAUUUCAACGUCUUUUAAGCCUUAGUAAGACUUAUAGAAGACAGAGACAAAAAGUUUACAUGUUUUUGCAGACAAUAAAAAUCAAAGUGUAAAAUGUUUAUUGCAUGUGUAGUGGUCAUCUUGAACUCUGUUAAGUAAAGUUAUUAGAAAAAUUGUUCUCCACAGUGAGAUGGAUUGUGCUUCUGUGGAGCAGACAAUGAGAAGCCCCUGCAAAUGUAUUUUCCUGACACACAGCUAAGGACUUAAAACUAGUUGCUGCCUAGACAGACAGAAAGUCUUAAAAUAUGGUUUUGAAAAAUGAGUGGCAUCAAGAGAAUUGUUUGAUAUUCGGCCUACUGAGAGUGAAGGUGUCUCUGGUACAAUCGUUUUUAUGAAAGGAGUUAUGAAGUAGACCCUUCAGUAGAUAUCUGUAUUUCUCCAUAUAAUGGCUUUCUUUUAUCUUCUCUUUCCAGGAGACGACCAAACACUGUACCACCCAAGGACCCUUCCCUCUCAUCUGCAUGCUACCGACCCUUCUGUCUCCACACUGCAUCACUGAUGAAGAUGAUGAUGAACAUCUGUAGCCCCUAUAGUCUGCUAACUAGAGGAGCCCCUUUCUGCCCCCAUGUUGACUGCUAUCACCCUCAGGUUUGAGGUACAGUGUCUUUCAGAUCAGUCAGCACAGGAAGUACAUUUGAAUAAAAGUUACUGUUUUUGUUGUUUGUUGUUUUUUCCUCUGAAUACAGAACCCUGAAUUUACUCAGUGGUUGCUCAGCCACCCAAGAUGCCACUGAUCUGAAUUACUUCCUAAAGUGGUUGAGCUGAAAUGGGGCUGACUUCAUUCCUGAUAACGUAGUGCACACAUGUUGUAAAUAGUAUUAUUGCUGUAUUCUCCAGUAGAGGUUAUUGACCAUCAACUGUUUGUGUGAAUGCACAGCCUCCUCCAUCUCCUGCACACAUGAAGCAUCAUAUGGAUGACACACUGUUGGCAGAUAUGACCUUUUUCUCUGUCGUAAAUAAGAGUGUAGUGUGUAACGCCAGCUUGUAACAGAAGACCCUCACUCUGUAUGCAUGUCGCUUAGUGGGUUAGCUUUCAAAUCCUUGCAUGUGUCCUGAUUCCAGUCAGGAGCUGGUAUGCUGCGAGUGAACAGUUUGAUCGACUUUGACAGAUGUCACAGAGAGAGAGAGAGAGAGAGACAGAGAGAGAGAAAGAUAAAGCUGAUUUCCCAUCAGUCCAGAUCCUGGUCCCUUACUUUAUGACUCAUAUUCAAAUCAAAACUGAGCUGAUAUGUAAACAUGGUUUCAACAAUCCUAACACAUUAUCUAACUUUAAUCUAAUAUAAGAACAAACUAGAUAUAACACACUUGAGGGUAAUCCAGCCUAGACUUGCAAUGUGUAUAGAGGAAACCUUUUGUAAUAGCUUUGAUACUGUAAUGUUAAAGCUGUAUACAUCGCUCAGAUAAUAAUGCCCACAUCUAUUUGAUGUGGCUUCCUUCCCACAUUACACCUACACUGUGUGUCUUUAUAAUAAGCUUUUACAACAGUUAUUUUCUCCUAAUAUAAUUCAAACACUGUCUUGUCCAUGUAAUUGUAUUUACUACCUCUCUAGAGCUGCUCUUAACACAUCUAUUACAGUAUAUCAAAAUAUCCAUUUAAACAGUAUUAGAGAGCUAAAUGUAGAGUUUCCUGAGAUAGUCUCAACCUUAUAGCUGUAGGUAGUUUCCAAUGCUCCUAUCAGAGCAGUAUUUAUGCUCCCUUAAAAUACAUGCCUGUGGGUGUUUCCUUUUAUAACAGGCAGAGCAGGCAUGUAAGGUUCAUUGUCAAAAAUAAUUACUUUGCAUUAAGUUUUUCUAAUCUUUUGGUGUUUGGUAGAUUUUCAUUUGUCACCUAAAUGGUGAAGUAAUGAUAACAGCAUCCCUUUUCUCCUUGUGUGGAAGUUAUUGUUUUAUUUUAGAUUAAUAAUUUGUUUUUCAUACAGAUAGAAACAACAACUUGAACCCUUUGAAUGGCUGAAGAGAGUUCAGUGCUUUUUAACAGAGCCAUUAAAAUUCAGUGGAGAUGAAGUGUCUGCAAACAAGUCCCCAGCUGAGCAGCCACCAGUCUGGUAUGGACGCACUGUUUGUCAGCAGCUUGUUAUUGAACGCGUGUCAGGUCAUGUUGUUGUUCUUUUAUCAGAAAUCCUGAUCAGUCAGUCAGGGAUGAAGAAUACAGCAUGCCUGACAUGAAUAAUGAAGAAACGGUUGUGUUUUAACUAAGGGGAGGCAGCUGAUGUCUGCUGUAAGUCAACAGUUUUUUUAGAUAUGUUUUAUCACUAAGCGAGUGGGCCGUCAAAGGUUUAAUUAAUAUUAUGCUGAUUAUUUUCAUAGUUCAUCAUUUAAACCUUCUGGCCAAAUCUUUGCUUGACGUCUACUUACUCUCUGAUGCUUUGGGCAAAAGCAUCUACCAAAUGAAAUUCUAACCAUUGUAACAAUUUUAUUUUACACUCAAUUAAAUUUCCUCUCUUCAGUGCAUUUCAUCACAUGGCUGGACUUUUAUGUGUUUGUUUGCCAGCUUCUUUGUGAUAGCACUACUCUAGCUCCUGCUCUUACUGGCAUAAACAACAGCUCAGGGCUUCACAUUCACAAUCACAAUCACAGCAACCAUGGGCCACCACCCCAGUCUUUCUUGGGGACUGAAAACCAUGUAAAGGGUGAUGAACAAUAAUGUCAAUGUGUGUUUUGAGGCUUAGCAGAAGAACUGUAUGAUAAAUCCCAUUAUGCAGAAAUAACAUACUUUUAUACAUAACAUGGCAUUAAAACAAAGCAACCCUCAGCUGCACCUGGUCAAACCCUACUUUAUGUGUCCAAGCAAACCUUCAAACUGACACCUUGUAUUUAGUACAACCAAACUGCAAAACAAGGGGAAAGUGUACUAUAUUGUCACCUGUUGUUUCACUCUCUGAUUUUAACAUAUCUAAAUACAUGUGCUAUAUAUUGUUAAUCUUGUAAGUAAAAUGGUGGCAUAGUAAAAUGAAGAUAGGCACAUGCUAACUUUGUUUAGAAAAAUGUUUGUUUUAUUUAUUUCUGUAUGCCUAUACUGUUGCGUCAACCUGAUUAUGUGAAGACUCACCGUGAAAACGUUCUGUAUAUAUAGACUCAUCAAUAUGCUGUAUUGUAUGUGUACCAUUGUGUUGUAGUGAACAGUUCAAUAAACUUGAAGAAAGGAUUUUGUAGAGGGGAAUCAUUUUUGUUUCAAUAAUUGUAUUAUCACUAUCUGUAAAUGCUAUAAGGAAAAAGAUAAAAGUUUGGAAGUCAAGGUAGAAGGU